AAAACUAAUCGUCUCAUUAGAAAAUUAAGUAUCCGGGAAAUUUGGGACCUCGAAAAACCGCUUUUCGAGAUAAGCUCAUCCAAAGCGGCAUAGUACAAUAAGAGCCCUUUUAAUGUGGACGCCUACAAAUAGACAAUAAUAAAUUACAAAAAAAAUUAUAAUAGCGAAAAAUUAUAAGCUUAAACACUUUUCUUUGGUGAAUAGGAACCGUCCUUUACAAACACUGAUGAUUUAUAUUUAAACAGCAUUUUUUGUUAUUUACUGAUUGUCUAAAGUGAGCAAACAGAAACAUUUAAAUCCAUUUACGCAGUAAGGGCAAAAAUCGGAUGCAAUGAAUUUGAUAUAAAAAUUAAUGAUGUUCAAUGCAGGUGACCUCAUUCUAAUAAUAUUUUCUACUUGCUGUUCUAAAUCCCCUAAUAAGGAAGGAGAUUAAAUCUAAUAAAUGGUAUUUAACGAAGCUAUGCCGCACCAUCAUUCAGUUUGCAGUGCGAAUUUCAAGAUCAUCAGAAGCGAAACACUAUUUGUGCAACAAUGAAGACUUUAUUUGCAAAUUUCAUUUUUGUCUGUAUUUCGUCUUCAAUCUUCGUUAAUGGGGAGACGCCGGUUUUUUUUCUCGACACAGACUUUGAAGAGUUAAUCGAAAUAUGCAAGUGGAAGAAACUGGAUAUCAGGGACAAUAAAAUUUAUGAUCCAUAUUUUAAUCGCUACUUAGAAAUCCAAGAAAUUUUAACAAAAAAAUUAAAUUCGGAUAAAUCGCUGAAAUUAGACAAAUUGAUUCAGGAUGAAUGUAUUAAGCAGCCAACUUUGAAACAAGAAAUCGAAAAUAUGACGAAUAUUUUUCAAAGUUGUUUAGAGGAUAGUGAACGUUUGGAUGAAACAAGAAAAAAAAGGAUGGUAGAGAAGGUUCUAGAGACAAAAUGUGGAAGCAUAAAGAAAGCCUUGAUUGUCCGAGCAGAAGAAAAUUGUAUCCAAUCAGACAAUCCUGAUCAUCGUGCAAACUGCAUCCAUCUGGUUUCGCAUCCUGUACAAUCGUUUUUACCAGUUCCGAUGAAUUAUUCCGCUGAAGAAUGCAGAGAAUUUCGCGACAAACUACUUUGGAAAAACUCUAUGGCGACCUGCAAAGAGGAAACGAGCUCACCCUUAUAUCGAAGAUCUCGUAAAUAAUGAUUUAUAUUUAACGGAGGUGAGCAGGUUCUAGCUCUCAGUUUGCAUUCACCCUCGAAGUUGCUCUCGCCCUCAUUGUAACUGAAGCUACAAGAUGAUUAAGAAUA